AUGCCUUCAACACCACCACAUGAACCGAGAUCGGGUGAUAACCUCUCCGAUGACCCUCUGGGCGAAGCUAGUUUUACUCCGCAACACGUGAUAUGCGUGAACCCACUGUGCAGGAGGAAGUGGAAGCAGUUGACUCCCAAGAGCAUCCCUAUGUUCUGUCCGAGCUGUAAGAAAGCUUCUGAGCUAGGCCUUUGGGAGACCUGGGAGGGCGUCGUCACUGACGACACUUUUUAUUAUAAUCUGCUGAAGUACUGGUAUGCUAUUUACACGGACAUCGCAUCGACCUUGGGAUACGCCAAGAGCACCGACCUCAACCUACCGCAAGACCCAACGGAUGUCACCAUAGUCAACGUGAUGGACUUCUACUACGAAGCGUUUCCGGAGCACCCAGUUCCCGAAGACGUCCGAAACUGGAGCUCCAUGGGCCAGCGGAAGAAACAACUGACUGGCACCAUCAUAAGGCAGUGCGGCGGUCUUCAACGUCACCACGAUAUGGCCGGUCGCCGUUUUUAUAUCAUCGAUUGGAGAGGAGCUCUCAAAAUUGGUGACCAUGUCCAGUUCGUCGCAUUCCCGAAUCCUUCUGUGGACGAGCGUAAUAAACUACCCCACGUGAUCAAAGUUCUAGACGAUCGUGUCAAUCCUCCCCACCACCGAGCAGACCAGGGCUGGGAGGCGGCCAGAAGGUAUCCAGGUGAACAGCCACAACCCCAAGUGCUGACCAGCAAUGGGACGCAUAAGAAAAGCUUCGAUCCCUUGUACACAUCAGCGGCCCCGUCGCACCGGGACCAACGUCAAUCUGAGUCUGGCCCGAGAGGAUUCCCACAAUGUCUGUCUAGUGGGCUCCAGGACAACCGGAGACCCUUUGGGGGCAAUUCUAAUGGCAAUGCUACUGGGCUCAACCAAAUGGCCUCUACGACGGACCAGCUUCACUCUAAGUCUGGCCCCGCACGGAACACAGUUGUUAGCUCCGGAGGUCACCCCCUUAGGAGGAAGAGCAAAGAUACCAAUAUGAGACCUCCGGCAGAUAGAGUUACCGCGGCAUCAGCCAGCACUAACGGCAAGUCCCCCGCGGACCAGAUGGAGAGCAAGUUUCCCCCAAUGGUCGGGUCGAUGGUUGCCCCUCUACCGGGCUUCGAUGACACCAAUGCCGCCUGGAGUGAAUUAGCUCGGCUUCUAUCUGUUGCUGCCAACAAGGAGGUUCCUCGUACUCCUCAAGCCCCGACCCUUGAGCCCAAGAUACCAGAGUGGACUACGGUCCGUGCCCCUGCCCCAAGCCCUGCCUUGCCUGCUAGGCCCGAUUGGAUACCGGACACUCCAGCCAGCCCUCUGUAUCUCCAUCGAGACAUGAACUUCAGGCAGGCCCCCAACCCUCUUGUCCAGUUCCUGCAAAUGCAAGCUGCAGCUGGGGCUGCCAGCCAGGUACCCUCGGCUCCUCCUCUGCCCUAUGGGUCUGGCCAGGGCGACUCUAAUUCUAUGGUGUCACCGUUUACCCCCACGGGUGGCGUGCCGCCGGUAUCGGCAGCCGCAGCAGUGGGUCUGGACGGUGACUUGGCUGGGCUGGCCGCCUGGGGAGCAUCGUGGCCAUCUUCUGGUAUGAUGAAACGACACAGCACGAGUCAGCCUCCCACCCCCAUCCAAGAGGAAACGACCUUGUAUGGUCUUCGUGACGAAGGCACCACCACUACUGAGAGCACUGUCCCUCGGGGUGAGGGCCGGGCUCGGAGUCCGUCCAGCGACGACGUGGUCCUCCGCCCCUCGACGCGUCAUACUCGUCGGAGGUCUCGUAGUCGUGAUGCUGGGGUAAGUCGGCGUCGGAGCUCUACGGAAGAGGACGAUUAUAGGAGGCGGGACAAGGACGAUUAUAGGAGGCGUAACGAUGACGAUUAUAGGAGGCGGGACGAUGACGAUUAUAGGAGGCGUAACGACGACGAUUAUAGGAGGCGUGACGACGACGAUUAUAGGAGGCGUGAUACUGCCGAUCAUAGGUCGAGACGCCGAGAAGACCGUUCUGAUCGUCCAGCUGGCGGAGGUGGCGGCUCCUACUAUGACGUCCGCUCCUCCCGAGAUCCCCCAGACGGCUCUUCUUCACUCCACUACGUAAACAGCAGCUCUCGAGGGAGCGGUCAAGAUGCUCCUCGGCCUGCUAAACAGGAUGAGACCCGUGGCCGCAUAGUUGACGACCAAGCCCUUCGUCCACGUGAAGAUAGCCUGUCUCGACACCCAAAGCCAAGCAGUCAGCAUGAUCCUCCCGAGGACUCGCCUGACAGUCUUCCGCGAGAGGCCAAGGCUCGAAGCGUCGUCCCUCCCCGCAAGGGGAAACCUGUUGUCCAGUUCGGCAAGGCUAUGCGGCCAGACCCGCGGGCCGCAGCUGACAGAGGUAACGUCUUGGAGCUCAGUUGCGACUGUCCACGGAAGUACGUCUCUCAUGUCCGACCACUACGAGACCCGGCAUGGCUACCGACCGUCAAAUGGGGUGAGGCCACCUUCGAGGAGCACAUUCUUUUAAAGCGCGAAUUUGCCCCCCGAGCUGUUGCCAAUGCUCGGGGCCAGGCAACGGUACCGCCCCCAACGGUGGCCUAUGGCACUGCUGUGGAUGGGUCUUGGCAUGAGACUUGGCCCAGCGAUGUGGACUGUCGGAUAAUCUGCGUACUGCGGCUACCCGACUUGGUCACUUCUGACGAGACCUUCCUGCGAGCUGCAAGAGAGGCCAUCCCUUGCCAUUUGCGGGCGCGUGACGCUCUCCAGAAGGCCGUUGUUGUCAGAGCCUCUGGGCUUGGUGGCUCGGUGAUACCGGCCAAGUGUGGUUACCUUGCAUUUCGCACACGGCGUGACGCUCGAGAGUGCUGGUCUCUCCAACACCUGAAGCUGUAUGGAUAUAUAUGUCCGCUAAUAACAGAUCCUACAGCAUUCAGAAUACUUUGUCAAGUUGCAUUGGUUUUGAAACUUUAUGAAGGCCAUUCAAUUGGUGCUACUACUAGUAUAACAACACCUCGGUUGGUGCCAGAGUCCGGUCCCUCGACGGCCCCGGUCCCUUCAACACAAGUCGGGUUCACCAGCACCAAGUUCGGGGGCGGAUUGUCUUCGAGGAAGCCUCUAUCGGGCGCUGUUCGUGGGGCCGACGUUAGUAACGGUGCAGCUGGUGGUAGCACAUCUAGAGGCCGCUUUGUCCUCCGUGGUCUCAAGGAGAGUCUGCAACGCCUUAAGGGUCCGCCCGUUGAGAGCUGCGGUAAUUUCUCAGCGGCUGCGGUCCGUUAUAGUCGUCUUGAUCAACGAGAUGGCGCUGUAGUUGGGAGGUCUGAGUACGUCCGAGCGGAGACUUCUUCCGAUGGUCAAAGUCAGAAGCUCAACAUUGGCCUCACUAAUGAUCGCAAUGUGGUGGUCUUGGAGACUAACGAUGACAGCACUCUGGUUGAUUGGCGGCCCGAAUGGGUCUUUAGAGAUUGGGCCUGGGGCUGCCGACCUAUUUCCGUGUCCCUAGCUGAGAAGAAGUCCGCUUUUGGCGAGAUAGACCCCGCUGAGCUCUCUGACUACAGCACCUAUAGCGUCCCGGAUAUGAGCGUGUUCAAGCCUGUUCGGUCUGUACCAUUGAUAGGGGGAGUAUCACCGCAGAGCAAGGCCCGGUCAGCGGCUACUAGCCGGAAGGGCAAGAAGUCCAAGAAGGAUAAGAAGAAGAAACGAAAGACUAGCCACGAAUUGACUGCGAAGCUCGCGGCGGAAGUGAAGGCUGAUGGAAGUGCUGCCACCAAGGCUGGAGAGAGGAUGCAGGUUGAGAGCUGA